AUGCAUCUGAUUGGUCAUUGGAGCGACAGCUGUCGCCGCCCGUUCAUCGUGGCGGGGGCGGCUCUGGUGGCGGUGGCAGCGAUGCUGAUUGCGUUCUCGAGGGACUUGGGGCAUAUGUUGGGGGAUGCGAGGGUGGAAGAAGGGAGGCCGCUGGUGGGAGCGAUUGUCGUUUUCAUACUUGGUUUUUGGGAUUUGGGGCACGCGUUGGGGGAUGAAGAGGGGCGGCCGCUGGUGGGAGCGAUUGUCAUUUUCAUCCUCGGGUUCUGGCUGCUUGACCUGGCCAACAACAGCAUGCAGGGGCCGUGUCGAGCUCUGCUGGCUGAUUUUACUGCUUAUUCCAUGGUGUUAAUUGCUCCCUCUUCCCCAAACCCCAUCCUCUUUACCCCUCUUCUUUCCCCAUCCUCUUUCCCCCUCCUCUUUCCCCAUCCUCUUUCCCCCUCCUCUUUCCCCAUCCUCUUUCCCCCUCCUCUUUCCCCAUCCUCUUUCCCCCUCCUCUUUCCCCAUCCUCUUUCCCCCUCCUCUUUCCCCAUCCUCUUUCCCCCUCCUCUUUCCCCAUCCCCUUUCACCAUCCUCUUUCCCCAUCCACUUUCCCCAUCCUCUUUCCCCAUCCUCUUUCCGCCUCCUCUUUCCCCCUCGUGA